GCAAACAUUCAUCCGCUAUCCACCGCGCCAAAAGUGAUUCCGAAAGUGCAGUAGUUCAAUUGGCUAUUAGUUCGUCGGGGUCAGUUUGUGCGUGAACAAAAGAACUACUACCUCUUCUUCUUCUCCGUCUUCUUCUUGUUUCUGACGCCGGGUGCACACUACCCCUAGCGCCUCAUUAGGAUCGAAUAGUUAUUUGACGAAAAUGCGCCCUCCUUCGCAGUACCCCCAGGAAAUCGGGGAGGAAGCAGAGACGGAGCCCGACCCCCGGUUUGGGGCCAUGAUGAUUUGUACGAGGCUGGCCGGGAGGGCUGUCAUUAGGGUGGUAGGAAGGUGCAAUGAGGCUAAGGAGAAUGAAAGUCUCGAUCUCUCGAACUGUCAACUGAUGCAAGUGCCAGACGCCGUUUACCACCUCAUGAGGCAUACAGAAUUGAAAAGCUGCGAUCUGAGCGAGAACGAUAUCACGAAGAUACCUCCCAAGUUUGCGGAGAAGUUCAACCUGAUAAGUGACCUGAACCUGUCGCACAAUCAAAUGUCCAAGUUGCCUGACGAAUGGGCUGAUAUGGGAUCCUUGGAGAACCUCGAUAUCUCCUAUAACACCUUCAUUGGGUUAUCGGACUGUAUUUUCAAGAUGCCGAAGCUGAGGCAUUUGAAUGCUAGCAAUAAUCACAUAGUCGAUAUAGAUGUAGAUUGCCUGAGAGAAGCUCCAUCGCUGCAAACCAUAGACCUGACCAAUAAUCCACUGGCCCCCAGAAUACACGACCAGUUGUCAAAUAUAUCAGAUAUUAGGAUACUUCUAUCUCCUAGAGAAAGAGAGGAUUGGGAAGAUCUUUCUAUAUAAAUUAUUUUUUGCAGGUAUCGCCAUUGUGACUUGAAACCAAAAACUCCUUAUUGAACAGCACAAAUCGUAGAAUCAAUCAUAAUUUAGCAAAAAAAUCGAAAACCAUGUAAAGAUAUAGGUACUAUAGACAUUACUGUGAUAGGUAAACGUUUACAGUCCAUUAUGUAUCAUUUAUAUCACUUCAUAUCAAGAAGUAUAUUAUAUAUUAUAUAUAUCAAGAUUUACUAUUGACCUGUCACCAUACAAGAUAACGGGAAUCGCCUACUCACUAAUUUUUAGAAUAACCAUAAAACAAUUUCUAAACUUCAUUCAAACAGAACAACUUAUAUGGAACAUCAACGACUUCAUUGAACUUGUAUUUAUAAGAGGCAUUUACAGACAAAUGUGUGAUUUCUGCUUUAUAUUGCGUUUGUUGAUUUAAAUCUAUCAAUAUUAAUGUGAAGAGAAGAACUUUAUUUAUUUCAGAGGAUGAUGGUUUACACGGGUGAUAAUUCAUAUUCAACUUUUGUGUGUUUUGUGCUGAUUCUAGCCAGGGGGUUAUUAUUUGUAUCGAUAUUAUCAAAGAAUCGAAAGUAUUUGUAUUUUUAUAAGAAAUAUCCUAGAUGUAGUUAUCCUUACUUACUAAUGAACUGUACUUAUUUUCAAGUACCUAAUCUACCUACUUUCUGCGUGACAAUUUAUUGUACUGACUUUUCUCAUUAUAUUUAUUAUACAGCACAGUGUGUAAUAAAAUGGAUAUUCACAGGAAAUUGUACCUACAUAUACAUAUUAUGUCCGUUAUUAUGUAUACGAGUUUCGACAUUGAUUAUCACAUAUCUUUGUGAUCCAUGAUCAUUCUUUUGGAAGCACUUUUUUACACAUUGUGGUUCAUAAAUAAUUGUUCAUAUCGAUAUUAUGAUGUUGUUGACUAUAAUAUUUCCUGUAAUUUCAUUUGAUUUGACAUUGGUAUUGGUUACCAUCUAGUCAUAUUGUGAUAGGAAUUGUAUAGUUUCCUUUUUUGUAUUUUAGGAAUAGAUGUCAAUUAUUGAGAUGUGUCAAAUAAAGAGAAUCAAAUCU